CGGCUUGGCGAUCUGAAAAGCCACCGCUGGCAGGCACUUGGCAUUCGCGCUGGGCGAUUGGAACAGUGCGAGCGUCAAGUCGCGACGGCUUUUUAAAUAAUAAUCAUUUUUCUACCCGCUGACAGUCCCACAUCUGUUUUUUGUUUUCGUUUUCGUUCGCGUUGCGUUGCGUUUGGGCUUACAUUUUUUUUUUUUUUGUUUGUGAGAGAGCGUGCUGUUCGAUCGAUCGAUCGGACCGGAGCAGUGGAGUAGUAAACAAAGCGAUCGCGCCAUCCAACAAAAGGAUUGAAGAGAAGACAGAACAGCCAACAGCAGCCAUGGAGGUCUACACGUCGGACAGUUCGGAUACGGAUUCGCGGGAGCAGAAGACCCUGGACUUUGGUCGGAUGAGUCUGGACCUCGUUACCCUCGAGGAUCAUUUGGCCUCGCCGCAAAAGGCCUUGCUCAAGGCGAGCGGCGACAUCGAGACCAUGCUGCUCAACCACAAUCGUCUGGUGGGCUUGCCCCGCCUCCUGUUGCAGUUCGCCAACUUGAAGGUGCUGGAUCUGAGCUCCAAUGCUAUCACCACUUUGCCCGAUGCCGUUUGCCAGUUGCCAUUGGUGACCCUGAUCGCCAAGAACAACCUGCUGACCAAUGCCUCGCUGCCGAAGUCUCUGCUCUCCAAGUUGGCCAACAAUAACAAUACCACAAACGGUGGUGGCUCCACUCUUAAGGAACUCAACCUGAGUGGCAACCAGCUGACCCACUUUCCGGAACAGGUCACCGAGCUGCGCCACCUGAAGUAUCUCUAUCUGGGCGCCAACAAGAUCACCAGCAUCUCGAAGGACAUCUGGAAGAUGCAGAGCCUGCAUGUUUUAUCCUUGGGCGGCAAUCUGAUCAGUGAAGUGCCCGAGGCAGUGGGCUCCCUCAACCAGCUGCAGGCCCUCGUCCUUUGCGACAAUCUGAUCGAGAAUCUGCCGACCAGCAUCGCCCGAUUGAAGACUCUGAAAUCCCUGCUGCUCCACAAGAACCGCCUGCGGCAUCUCCCCAAGGACAUUGUGGCCCUAAAGAACCUGACCGAGCUGAGUCUGCGCGACAAUCCGCUGGUGGUGCGGUUCGUGCAGGAAAUGGCCUUGAAGCCGCCCACCCUGCUGGAGCUGGCCGGUCGGACGGUGAAGGCCAGUGGCCAGCGGCCGGGACCCUACGACAUCCCACGGACACUGGCCGAGUAUCUGAACAACGCCAACUGCUGUGUAAAUCCGAACUGCAAGGGCGUCUUCUUCGACAAUCGGGUGGAGCACAUCAAGUUCGUGGACUUUUGCGGCAAGUACCGGGUGCCAUUGCUGCAGUACCUCUGCUCCUCGAAGUGCAUCGAACCGGAGCAGCCGGCGCGUGGAUCAGCCGCUCCGGCGGCGAGCGCCAGCAGUGGGUUCAUGAUGCGCAAGGUGCUGCUGGGCUAGCCGCCGCCCAGUACGGCGCCCGCCCACUCCGGCUCCUGGUCGCAUCAUCCGGGGCAUCGAACGAUCCGGGUCCGAUCCGAUCCUGGUACCGGAGCGGACACAGACACGAGAUCGAUAUCGGAUUAGGAAUCGCGGGAGCGGAACGGAAACGGAAACGGAAAGAAAACAGAAGAGGUAGCGGCAACAAUGAUGGCGACGGAUCCACGCGUUCCGAGGAGCCGAGGUGUCCGGCAGCCACGAAUCCGCUCACCGCUCGCCGGGAUUCCCAUUGGCUUCACACACACACCCACACACACACACACACACACAACCGUUAUCAAAUCCAAUUUGAACUAGUUUUCUAAGUGAUUACGACCUGUUUGCUGGCUCGUCUUGCGUGCCAUUUAGCUCUCUUUCUGUUUGUUUGUUUGUUCGCUUGUUGUUAUCCACACUUACACAAUCUAUACCAAAGAAACACGGCUGGCUUUCACUGGGCAGAAGGAUUUGAGUGGCUUGCUGAGCAUUUGGCGAUUAUAAUCGUUGAUAUGGCAGAUUGCACUGGUUACUCAACUUGUCAUCCAAAAAGAGAAUAAGUUCUUCUGGUUAUGUAAUAUUUAGUAUGUAUGUCCUCAAGAUCUUGCAACGAUUGAACUCCAAAUAUACUUGUCCCGAACCUUUACAGUC